GAAUUCCCCACAAGGCCGGCGCCGGGAGCUUUCGAGCUACAAACUAAUCCAAAAAUAGCUUAGCUCAACUGCAGUUGGUCGCGACCUCAAAAUAUCUUUUUGUCGGGUCGCGCCGUGAGCUUCUAGCUUUAAACUCCAUACCAACGCGAAUCAACAUGUUGUGCUCAAGUAAGUUUAAAGUGCUCCUAGAACUGAUUUAUGACUUGCGACUGACUUUUUACAGUAUCUGGAGAAGCUCCACUGGAACCUGUUGCUUCAUCGAAAUCAGGUAAGUUGGGAAAUAAGUUAUCUAUCUCUCAAUGAAUUUAAAAAUAACAGAUUUCAGGCAACAUUUUCGAAAAACGACUUAUUGAAUCAUAUAUUGCUGAAAAUCAUAAAGAUCCAGUUACUGGAGAAGACCUCGAAAUUGCAGAUCUAAUCGACCUCAAAUCCGCCAAAAUCGUUACUCCUCGACCUCCGACUCUCACAUCGAUUCCUUCUCUCCUUUCUACUUUCCAAAAUGAAUGGGAUGCAUUAGCGCUAGAAAGCUUCACUAUACGACAACAAUUACAUCAGACUCGACAAGAGUUGUCAACAGCAUUAUAUCAACAUGAUGCAGCCGUGAGGGUUAUUGCGCGGCUGACGAAGGAGAGAGAUGAGGCUAGAGAUGCAUUAAGCAAGGUCUCAAUUGGAGCUGGAAAUUCUGGAAAUGGUGAUGCUAUGCAGGUUGAUACUCAAGGUCUUCCAGAAAACUUGGCAAACUUAGUCGAUGCUACACAAGCCGAGUACGAGUUUUGACGAAAGGGUUAUGAGAUCAAUUGCUAAUCAGAUUAUAGACUUUCCAAAAGCCGUCGAAAGCGACCUGUUCCAAAAGGAUGGGCUACAGCAGAGGAUAUUGGCCAAUUUAAGAUCACCUCUACUUCGGAACCUUUAUACCCUGGGUGCACUUCACUCGCUCAAAGUGAAGACAAGUUAAUCGUUGGUGGAUCGAAAGAGGUAGGUAUCUACUCAUUGACGGAACAAAAGAUCAUAAAGUCGUUUGAGGCCGGAGGUCCAGUCACAGGAGCUGUUUUCUCUGGCAGCAUGCCUAUUGUGUCUACUGCAAAGGGAGUUGUAAAGUUGUCGGGGGAUGAAGAACAUACAUUUACAUCGCAUGCUGGCGCAGUUAAUGCUCUAGCAUUACAUCCAAGCGGCGAAAUUCUAGCAUCUGUUGGUGUCGACAAGAGCUUCGUAUUUUAUGAUUUGGCUGAGAAGAAGGCAAUCACUCAAAUUUAUACAGAUUCAGGUAUGUCGACUUUGGAAAUUUUAUCUAGUGCCCCUUGUUAACAUUUGAUAGAACUUAAAACAGCGGCUUUCCAUCCAGAUGGCCAUCUUUUUGCGGCCGGCGGCGUUGAUGGCCAAAUUAAAUUAUUCCAUGUUAAGACGGGAGAGAGUGCAGGUGUAAAUUUCGAAAUAGAUGGGCCUGUCCAGGACGUCGCCUUCUCUGAGAAUGGUAUAUGGUUUGCAGCUGUUGCCAAAGGAUCUACUAGUGUUGUGAUUUUUGACAUCAGAAAAGAAGGAAAGGCUGCAGAGGCAAAGGUUUUAGAGAUUGGUGGACCAGUUGACGCUAUUCAGUGGGAUUACACGGGCCAAUUUUUGGCAGCCUCGGGACCAAGAGGGCUUACUAUCUCUCAAUACACCAAAUCUACAAAAUCCUGGUCGGAUGCUACGAGCUUAGCUUUGCCAGCAACUGCAGUGCAGUGGGGUGGGGAGGCGAAGAGUUUAAUCACUGUUGAUAAUGAGGGAGUUGUGACGGUUCUUGGUGUAGCUCCUGAGUGAUGGAGUUUUCAAAACAUCGAGAUGGGGUGGGAAUAUCAUGGGAGUUGGGUCGUUUGAAGAUGUGAAAAAGAAAUUUGGAGUAUUUGUUUCACAGACUGUAAUAUUAGGACAGAAGCAUAUUUGCAGUGCCCAAAAUGAACAAUAUUAGUGGCACAUGCCGACCUGCACUUGGAGUUAGAAUAUUAAUUUGCGAGUCAUGAAUGAUGAAAGUUAGGAGAUUAUAAUAUGCCUACCU